UAGGUGCAAGCUCAGAGAGAUCAAUUGGAGGGAUGAAUAUCAUGAUAUUUUUGGCAUAUGCACUCGAUCCUAUGAAGGCUUACCAAGAUUCAUGACACAGAAGCAGCCAGUGCAGAAUAGUCCUGGCUGUGGGGUGAAGAAAGAAUUGAAGGUGACAACACAACUUGAACUCAUAGAGGGCAGACUUGAUGAAUCUGCCACAUACUACUUGUUGCAGUGGGCCCAGCAGAGAAAAGAUUCCAUUCAUCUGUGCUGUAGGAAGCUAAAGAUUCAGGGCUCAACCAAAGCCACAUUCAUAGAAUUCUUCAACUUUUUACAUUCAGACUGUAUACAAGAUCUGCAGCUACUUCGUCUUCGUAUAGAAGAUUUGGCUUUUCUUAAUCCCUACCUGAGACAGAUGAACAAUCUUCUCAAUCUCAAACUAUGUUAUAUCUCAGAUACCCUAAGUGAUUCCAAAAUGUCUCAACUUCCCACAUUCCAGUGUCUGAAGAGAAUCCAUGUACACGAUGUCUCCUUUACAUAUGGCAACCUGAAGGAACUCCUCAGGUGCCUGAAGAAACCCUUGGAUUCACUUAGCAUCAUUUACUGUAACCUCUCACAGUCAGACUUGGAUUUCCUGCCCUAUUGCCUAAAUAUUUUUGAGCUCAAAUCGCUAAGCCUUGCUUAUAUUAAUUUAUGUUAUUUACACCUUGAGCCUCUCAGGUUUUUCCUUGAGAGAGUUGGAC